AUGGGUCAUCAAAAGCAUAACAUCGCCGGCCGCCGCCUCGUCGGCCUCCGCUGGUGGAACGAGGUCGACCCGGCCACCGGCGACUCCCAGUGGGUCUUUGAGAGCAGCGAGCCUGGCACCAAGGUCGUCAACCCGACCGACUCCCGCUUCUUCUGGCUCAGCCUCUACGUCCAGCCGCUGCUGUGGAUCCUGCUCGCCGUCCUGGCCCUCGUCCGUCUGCAGUUCCUGUGGCUGCCCCUCGUCGUCAUCGCCUUGGUUCUGACGGUCAUGAAUACGCUCGCCUUCUCGCGCUGCGACAAGUUCAGCCAGGCGUCCAACUUGGCCGGCAGCGCGCUUGGCAGCACCAACUUCGCGAGCGCGCUGGCCUCCAACGUGGUCGGCCGCUUCUUCUCCCGCUAA